CCUUGAGCUUGGCACAGCUUUUUUCUUUAGCAAAUUCUUCUCCUUAACUUUGCCUUUACUUAACCAUAGUAUAUACACUAUCAUCAUAACAAGAGGUGUGAUCUCUUCCCUUGUUUCAAGAUAAUAUAUAUACAUAUAUAUUUGGCAGAAACUAGGGAAAUUAGCGAAGAUCAAAGGCAAGUUCAUAUGGACAUAGGAAAAGAAAGAACUCUUGAAGAAACGCCAACAUGGGCUGUCUCAGUAUUUUGCUUCUUCUUUCUUACAAUAUCUUUGAUCAUUGAGGGUGGUCUUCACAAAUUGACUGAGAUUUUAAGGAAGAGGAAAGGAAAAUCCUUGGGGAAGGCUUUGACCAAAACCAAAACAGAAAUGAUGAAAUUCGGUUUCAUGUCCUUUCUUCUCACAAUAUCGGAAGUGCCCAUAUCCAAAAUCUGCAUCACCAAGGAUGUGGCAAAUUCUCUUCUACCAUGUAAAGAUGCUGUGGACUUAACAGGAUUAACUUCAGCACCAGCUACUCGCACUUCAACCUCUGAAUUUGACAUAGCACCUGCUACCAACGAAUCCACAAUUGAGGUCAACUAUUGUGAAGCAAAGGGAAUGGUUAGUUUAAUUUCAAGUGAUGGAAUUCUGCAGCUAAAUAUAUUCAUCUCGUUUUUGGCGGUGUUUCACAUCUUGUUCUGCACAUUGACAAUGUGCCUUGGUAAGGCAAAGAUGAGAAGAUGGAAAAGAUGGGAGGACGAGACUCGAACACUUGAAUAUCAGAUAGCUAAUGAUCCAAGAAGAUUCCAGUAUACAGGUCAAACAUUGAUUGGCAAGCGUCAUUUGAAAUUCUGGAGCUACCAUUCUCCUUUGCUUUGGAUGGUUUGCUUUUUUCGGCAGUUCUAUGGUUCAGUCUCAAAAGAUGAUUACUUUACUCUACGAAAUGGGUUUAUUGCAGCUAAUAUUUCUUUAGGCAGCAAUUUCAACUUCAAGAAAUUUCUUUCUCGAACUUAUGAUGAAGAUUUUGAGAAGGUUAUGGGAAUCAGGAUUUGGAUCUGGAUUUUCUCCAUACUUUUCAUAUUUUUCAGCGCACAUGAGUUCUACAAUUACUACUGGCUUCCCUUUAUUCCACUUGUGGUUGCUUUACUUGCUGGGGCAAAACUUCAAGUCAUAAUAACAAAGAUGUGUGUAGAUAGUUGCAAGGAAAACCCAGUGAUCAAAGGAAGUCUACUUGUAACACCUAGUGAUGCACAUUUCUGGUUUCAUAGACCUGAAUGGCUUCUCCAUUUACUCAAAUUCAUCCUUAUCCAGAACUCCUUUCAACUUGCAUUCUUCACCUGGACUUGGUAUGAAUUUGGUCCAAGGUCUUGCUUCAAUCGAGAAAAAGAGGACAUUGCCAUAAGGAUUGCCAUGGGUGUAGCUGUGCAGCUCCUUUGUGGUUAUGUGACACUGCCCCUUUAUGCACUUGUUACUCAGAUGGGUUCUAGCAUGAGGAGAGAAGUUUUCACUGAGAGUGUCUCCAAGGGCCUCAAAAAUUGGCACAAAAAGGCUAAACAAUCUCUGUGUAAAAACAACUCAACUUCAAGCAAACACUCAAAUUCUUUGCAUUCCACAGUAGGUGAGAGUUCAAUAAGAGGAGCAGUGGAUAGUGUGCAUAACCCAGAUAAUGUAGCAGUCACUAGCUAUUCUUCUCCCCUCACCUCAGAGGUGGAAAAGAGAAUUGCACCAACCCAUGAGCAAGAGAUGUCAAGUUCAGAAAUCCCAACUAUUGAGGAAGAGAAUAACCCCAAGAUCAUCACCAGAGGAACCUAUGACGGUGAGAUCUCAUUUGGGAGCAGCUGGAAGAAUGUGGGAAGUAGCAGGGGAAUUGGAGAAUUUGGUUCAAUAACUGAAGAAGAUGAUGCUGAAAAAUUGUCUGAGUUGAAUCCAUAACCACAUUGUAAUAUUUUACAAAUUUUGUUAUCUAAUUUGUAAAAUUGUACAUUUUAUUACUCGUUUAAUCAGUUGUUUAAUAUAAUUAGUUGACCGUUAAUAUAUCAAGUUGAUUGUUAA